CUAUAGACCAUCUCCCCUCUGGAUGAAGCCCCAGUGGUCAGGAUGCAGACUAUCAAGACAGUAGAGACCCAGGUGCCCUUUCUGAAAGAGAGUUUCUUCACCUCCACUUUCAAAGGGAGGAGGAAGAGCAGCGUUACCAACGUCCUCCGUAAUCAACAGCACUCGCUCCUUAAUCAACAACAGAGCAUCAUAGAGGAUCCCCAGCAGCCCCCAGGGCCAUUUCUGUCCCUUUCAGCUGAAAAUGGGAAAGGGCAGUGCACUCCAGAGCAUCCGCGGCUGGCUCGCUCGACCAGCAGCCCGUUAUGCAAGACAGCCGAGCGCGCAGGAGCAGAUGGGGAUAGAAAGGAGGGGCAAAAAGAGAGGAAGGAUCAGAGAGUGAAAGAGGCUGUGCAGGGGAGGGGGGUGAAAAGGCAGUCAGUGAGUGGUAGCAAGCCCGCGGCUGUCAGUGCCAGUCUCCUCCUCCUCUCAUCAUCAGCAUCAUCCGCAUCAGCGUCGCCGAGGGAGGCAGCAUCAUCCUCACAGCUGCCUUCAACUGUGGUGGGCAGACAGCGCCGAUUAGGCAGCUCUGAGAGUGCUUUGACCAGCAGAAGAUCAGCAUCGGCCGCAGCCAAGGAGGAAGCCCAGCGUGCCAAGCGUGCCCAGAGUGCCCAGCGUGCCCAGCCUCGACCCCAGCCUCAGCCCCAGCAGUAUGGCCUGUUAGCCAAGGGAGUCCGCCUGCUCAGAAACAUGGGGAACCAGGAGACAAAGCAGAGGAAAGGGGGAGGAAGUGGCGGAGCAGCAGGGGAUGUGUCCUGUGAGGGUGACGCUGAUGAGGUGGAAGUGGACAAAAAAUCUAAAAGGUCCCACAGCAAGACAAGUAAAGGGGAACACAGUGGUAAGAAGAAAUCCAAGUCGGAGUCAAAAGGUUCUGUGUUUUCUGGCAUCAGGAAGAGUUUGUCGAAGGCAAAAGGGUUGUCCAAGGAGGACAUGUUGGAAGAUGGAAGGUCUGCACACGUUGGCAAAGCGGGGCUCAAACCCGGUGCAGAGGCGAACCUGUCAGCCGACGAGAUGGGGAUGCUAUCAGAUGUCGAGGGAGACCUAGGCUGUCGGAACACAGAGAGUCGCCAAUCUGUGGUGGAUGAGCUUGGCCGGAAGGGGAGCUCGGGGUCGGAUGCUGACGUCUACAGUUUUCACUCUGCAGCAGCUGAGAAUGAAGACCUGCUCUCUGACAUCCAGCAGGCCAUGAGGGAACAACGUGUGGCCAGUGAUGGGGAACUCAGAAGGGUAAACGGCCAAUCAUCUGAAGCCUUGACCUCCGAGGGGACCAAAGCCCAUGAGAAGCUGUUGGAUAUGGAUAAGGAAUUUGAAAGUGGAAGUAAAGCUCAAGAAAGUAAAGCGAAUAAAAAAGUAGAUGACAAAAGCAGUGAUUUACCCAUUUCAAGUAAUUCCUCUGGUCCUGGUUCUCCGAGUGAGAGCGGUCCAUCAUCUUCUGCCGCUGAUACAGAGAGAAGCAGUGGCAGCGUUUUCCCAAAGACCAACAGCACGUACAGCUUCCCUGACACGACAACCACCACCACUUCGUACGAGAGCGCCGAGGAGCCCCAGGAAGACCUGGAGAGCCCGGUUUUUCACCCAGAGCAGGGUCAAGGUAAUCGGGCUGCACAGAGCAAAAACGUGAGUGUGCCGAGUGUUCGCUUGGCCCCUGUGGUGGCAGGGCCCGGGCCUCACAAAAGUGUGAGCAGCAUGGAGCUGUCUAUGGAGAGGGAGGAGCGAGAGGAAACUGGGAGAUGGGACUUCCUGUCCCUCAAAAGGAGGAAGAGUAGUAUGUCUAAUAACCAACUGAUGACAGAUAGCUCUCAACCCAGACGGACGUCCUCCAGUUCCCCCUCCACUGUCAAACUCUACCCUCCAGUCCACCCCUCAUAUGUCAAGACCACCACCAGGCAGCUCACCUCUCCCAUUGGAUCCCCUAUCACCAGCCCCCAUGUGCCCAGGAAAACAGAUGGAACCGACGAAUCGGUGGAAUAUUACGAGGCCCCGGGAUUAAGGAGGCGCAAGCAGAGGUCCUGCUCCAUCGGUGGGCCCAUCACUGGGUCUGCAGACUGGUGCACGGAGGUGGACGAGCACAGAGGAAGGCAGGGUGUCCAUUUCCCUGAGCAGGAGGCACCAGAGAGGAGUCACGUAGGCGGGACUUACUGGACACUGGGGUCCAGGAGAGCACAAUAUGGACGACAUCACUCCACGACCACAGCACCUUAUCUGGAUGUCUUCUCAGGUCGUGUUUUGUUGGACAGGCUGUGUAUGCAUCAUGAAGAUGGGUCAAGGGAAGAGGAGGGAAAGGAGUUGUGUGGCCGGAUGCUGGGCCAGGGUCUGCUGCAGCCCUUCAGCGGCUCCGCAGAGCAACAUGGUGACGGCACGCCCUCUGCAGGAUUUAACGAGGAGCAGCUGUACACGUGGGCCUCUGUCGGCCUGCCGGUGUCUCCACACCUGUGGGAACUGUACGGCGGCCGGAGCACAGGCCGAGUGCCGACCAUGAGAUCCCCUUUGAAUCAGUCGUCCACCAAGACGCCAGGAGCUCCACUCUCUCAGACAGAACCCAGCAGGUUGAGGUCAGGUCAGUCGUCCUCAGAGGAUGAGAGCUGUGUCAUCCCUCAGCUGGAGAAGACCAUCGAAGACCUGCGGGUGAAGAUUGCUGUGUUGCAGGGCCAGCAGGUCUCCUUGGGCAGUGGGGAUAACAUGGCAGCUCUGAGCGCUGCCCAUCACAAGGCCGCACAUCAGCCAAGAGAAGGUCGAUUGGGAAAGAUGAGCCAGGAGGUGUCGGUCCAGACCUCGCCGCUGGAGGAGGGAUUUAAGUUUGUGCCUUUCGGCGGAGGAUCAGGCGGCACCUCGUCCUCCGUUUCCUCCUCCAUCCCCAAAUCCACGGAGAGCUUUGUUUGCACGUGUCAGCAGAGGCAACAGAGCAGCACCCAACCAGCGCCUCCACCCCCACCUCCUCCCCCACCUUUACCAGGGGGUGUCGCUCCUCCUCCUCCUCCACCCCCACCUCCACCGCCCUUACCUGGCUCUGGACCAUGUCCACCGCCGCCUCCUCCUCCUCCACCACCGCCAGGGUUUGGACCUCCACCACCUCCCCCACCACCUUGCUUCGGAGGUCCCCCGCCCCCUCCCCUGCCUGGUAUGGGCCCUCCUCCGCCACCCCGGCCUGACCAUGGGCCCCCGCCUCCACCGCCACCCCCAGGCUUCGGGCCUCCACCUCCACCAGGCCACAUGCCCUCCAUGAUGGUGCAGGAAGUCGCCCCUGCCAAGGCUCUGAUCGAGCCCCCCAAGCCAAUGAAGCCACUUUACUGGACACGCAUACAGCUGGAAGCUAAAAAACAGGCGAGCUCGCUGGUGUGGGAGAAAAUCGAGGAACCGACUGUGGACUUUGAAGAAUUUGUGGAACUGUUCUCAAAAAGUGCUGUUAAGGAGAAGAAAAAGCCAAUUUCUGAUACGAUCAGCAAGUCGAAGGCCAAACAGGUGGUGAAGCUUUUGAGCAACAAGCGUUCGCAGGCUGUGGGAAUUCUGAUGUCCAGCAUUCAUCUGGAUAUGAAGGACAUCCAUAAUGCCGUCCUAAAUAUGGACAACACGGUCGUGGAUCUGGAGACACUGCAAGCCCUGUAUGAAAAUAGAGCUCAAGACGAUGAGAUGGAUAGCAUUAAGAAGCACAUUAAAUCAUCCAAAGACAAGGAGGAUGCCAAGCCGCUGGACAAGCCUGAACAGUUCCUGUUCCAGUUAUCCAAGAUCCCCAACUUCUCUGAGCGGGUGUUCUGCAUCCUGUUUCAAUCAACUUUCCACGAGUGUGUCACCUCCGUCCUCCGCAAAAUAGAAAUCCUUCAGAGAGUGUGCAAGAUUCUCCAGAGUAGUCAGAUUGUUCUGCAGGUGCUCGGCCUGGUGCUGGCUUUUGGCAACUUCAUGAACGGGGGUAAUCGGUCCAGAGGGCAGGCCGACGGCUUCUCCUUGGACAUUCUGCCAAAACUGAAGGACGUCAAGAGCAGUGAUAACUCCCAGAGUCUUUUGUCUUACAUCGUUGCUUACUAUCUAAGGCACUUUGAUGAGGAUGCAGGCAGGGAGACGUCUGUCUACCCUCUGCCUGAGCCCCACGACCUCUUUCAGGCCUCCCAGAUGAAGUUCGAGGACUUUCAGAAAGAUUUGCGCAAGAUGAGGAAAGAUCUCAACGCGUGCUCGACGGAGACGCAGAAAGUUUGCAAAUUGUCCUCUGAAGAGAUCCUGCAGCCUUUUAAGGACAAGAUGGACACAUUUCUUAGCCAAGCCAAAACUGAACUGGAAACCCAGGACACGCAGCUGGCAGACACCCAGAAGAUCUUCUUGGAGCUGAGCAUGUCCUUCUCAGUCAAACCCAAGGCAGGAGAGAAAGAGGUCUCUCCCAACACUCUCUUCUCCAUUUGGCACGAGUUCUCCACCGAUUUCAAAGACCAGUGGAAAAAGAAGAAUAAACUGAUGUUACAGGAACGGGUCAAAAUGGCUGAGGACUGUUUCAAACAGGCCAGGGAGAAGGCUGCCUACAACGUGAAACCCAAACACGCAACUGGAAUAAAAGCAAAGCUGGGUCAGAAGAUCUGAAGCAGAAAGUGGAAAAUGAUCAUCAUCAAGCCUGUUGCACAAGCACUGUUUGUACAAUCUGACAUGAGUCAUCAGUCAUUUUUAUAUUUAUAUGCUUUCCGUAUUUGUUUUCAAUUGAUUUAGAGCUGUUUUUAUUUUAAGUUGGUUCAAAGUGGAUGUUAUAUUGUUUGUUUAAAAGCGGAAUCAAAACAUUUCAUUCUCGGCCAACUUUUGAUGGCACCAGCCAGAAAUGCUGCAGAGACACUAUUAAGAUGAGAUUAAAUGAAACUGAGUCGUUUAAAUGAAAAUGUGCAUCAGAUAAUUCGUAGCAACACGAACCUCUCUCAGUAUUUUUAAAGCCAUAUGUAGUUUAUUAUCAUUUUUAGUCCAACGUCAAAGCCGACUUUUCUCAGUAAGACACAAACCCUGUCUCUUCAUUUCUCCCUUAGUGGUGAAAAGCACAGAAUUUUAUAACCUUUCUAUACGUUGGACAGAAAAGUGCCUUAUCGCACAGCAGUGGUCGAAUGAGUGCUGCAGGCCAGAGUUUAUUUUUGAGACACAUCAUCUGUGAUUAAAUGUUACACGUAAAGAAGAAGAGUCGUUUUGUUUUUUUACAGGCUGAUGCCUGACUUUUCUUAAUCAUUUCAUCAAGUGUGUUUCAGAACUAGUUUCACAAGCGGCACCUGAUCUAAUGUGUUUAAAUGUUCUUUCAACAGAAAAGGCCUAAGGGGUGUGAUCUCAUAUUGUUUUAUUCAGUGCUGUUGUGGAACUUGUUUUGUGUUUUGAGCUGAUGUCUAUGCAUUCGUUUUGCCUUUCCCACUGUGUGCGAGUGUGUGAACUCCCAUAUGUUAUUUGAGCAACAUUUAUCAUGUGAUGUUCGUUUACAAUAGGCCAACAACAUGUUUUUGAUUGAAUACCCUGGACCAUGAAAAAAUAUUUAUUGAAUAAAAGAAAUUACAUAAAUCUUUGAUAUAAA